UGCACUGCGCUCAAAAUGUCAGGUCUCGCCGCCACCCGGACGCGAGCGGGUCUGCGGGGCGGCCAGGUUCCCACGGCGUUCGGCCACGGAGGACGCUGGCUGCCUCUUUAGCUGCGUCAAACUUUUUUUUAUUUGUUUAUUUCUCUUCUCUUCCGCGCACACCCCUGUCCCUUUCUGGAUGCACUUCUAACCCCCUCCUCUCCAGUCGCAGUGAGUAUGCAGCAGUAAUCUGGCGGGCUGCAGAAAGCAAGGAUCCUUUCAAGGCCCCAGACCCGCAGAAGAUGGACCACCACGUGAACGGCACCCUAGCCGAGAAGCCGGGCCCCAUGGACUACGGGGUCCAGAUCCGCUUCAUCAACGACUUGAAGGAGCCCAGCAAGUCUCAGAAGAUCCGCCCCAAGCCUUCCAAGCCGGGCUCCUACGGGGUGGCGGUGCGGGUGCAGGGCAUCGACGGGCAGCCCUUUGUGGUCCUCAACAGCGGCGAGAAAGGGGGAGACUCCUUCGGGGUGCAGAUCAAAGGCGAGAGCAAGUACGGGCCCCCCGCCCGCGGCCCCCAGCGGGAGGACUCCUUCCCCGCUUCCCCCGGGGCUGCAUCUUCCUCCAAAGAUGCCUCGGGCUCCUUCAGCUCCGAUUCAGACCUGCCGGAGAACCCGUACGGGGUCAGGCAGUCCCGGCACGGCUCCCGCUACAGCACCUCGGACGAGGAGCCCGGCCCGCGGCGGACCCCGAAAGCCGGCAGCAAGGAGGGGCGGCCCGUGCCGCAGCACCGCGCCGGCGGCUACCGGACACUGCCGCACAAAAAAUCCUUCGGGGAGCAGCUGCGGCGGACUCAGUCGCACGGCUCCUUGCUCGACCCCGAGCUGGACGAGCCUCCCGCGCCCAGCGCCCCGGGGGCCGGUUCCCCGGACACCCAGCCCCUGCCUCCGGGGGGCGCUGUGAGGAGCGCAAGCAUGAUGAACCUGCCCGGUCGCCGGCAGCCCAGCCCCAGUGAGGAAUCUGCAGGCAGCCUGUCUGGCCUGAGACCCGUCCGCAGGCCAGCGGUGGCGAGCUCCCCUGAGCCCGCCGCUCCGGCCGGCGACAUCGACACCAAGCCCCUGUCCUCGGUGGACUCUCUGAUCCACAAGUUCGACGCGAAGGCGCAGCAGCGGGGGCGGCCGUCCCGGAGGAACCGGCUCUCUCUGGACGAGCGGAAGCGGUCCAAGAGCCUCGAUGGAAGGCUGCCUUACCAUGACACGGCCGACGGCCGGGAGCUGGGUCCCGGGGAGCCCCAGGCGGGCUCCGGAGGAGGGGCAGGGGGCUCGGCGGCCGACCCCGGCCCCCCGGGAAGCAGGAGCCUCGGCCGGGCCUCUGGGCGGCCGGUGAACGGGCUGGACAAAUCGACACUGACCCGGGAAUGGGUCAAUAAGAGCCUGGAGGUGCCAGCCUUGGAGAAGCAGGCGAGGAAAUCACAGCCAGACCUGCAGCUGAAGUCCACCCCAGACCUCCUGAAGGACCAGCAAGAGGUGUCUCAGCCCGGAAGCAGCGACCACACCAAGGAGCUCAUCUACAGUAUUCUGAAGGAUGGAAACACGGAAAGCGACGCCACGGUGAAAAGAAAGACCAACCUUGUCUUCGAGAAGGUCCAAGCGCUAUCCGCUGCCCCAACGGCGCAGUCGACAGCCUCUCUCCCCCCAGCGGGCGAACUGACACGGAAGGUAGAGGAGCUGCAGCGGAAGUUGGACCAGGAAACCAAGCUUCGUCAGAGGUUGGAGCUGUUGCAAAACGGCCACAGGAACGGCGCCCCCCAUGACCUGGAGGUCCAGCUGGAGGAAUCCGAAGAGGAGUGCCACCGACUGCGGGUGGCCUUUGAGAAGAAAAGCCAGGAACUUCAGGGCAGCGUCCAAGAGCUGAAGGACGUGAAAACCAUCAAGGAAGAGACAGAAGCCAAGUUGGCCGACUUGGAAGACCAGCUGAUGGAGAUGCAGGAGGAGCUGGACCGGUUCCGGGAGCCGAUGGGAGAUUCUCCGGACAGGGAUGCUUUGCUGAAAGAGCUGCUGGAGACCAGAGAGGAGCUGGAGGAGGUUCUGAGGGCCCGGCAGAAGUUGGAGGACCACCUGCGCCAGCGGGAGAGGGAGCUGACGGCCCUGAAGGGGGCCCUGAAGGAGGAGGUGGCCAGUCACGACCGGGAGCUGGACCGGGUGCGGCAGGAGUACCAGCACGACAUGGAGCAGCUCCGGCGCAACAUGGAGGACGUGUCGCAGGAUCAGGCCAGCCUGGAGUCGGAGAGGCAGAAGAUCAACACCGUGGUGAGGAAUCUGCAGAGGGAGUUGCAGGAGAGCGGCGAAGAGGCCGCCCAUUGGAAGGAGAUGUUCCAGAAGAACAAGGAUGAGCUGCGAAGCACCAAGCAGGAGUUGUUGCAGGUGAAGGUGGAACGCGAGGACUUUGAGGAGGAGCUGAAGGAGCUGAGGGAGCGUUUCGCGGCCGUGCGCCAGGAAGCGGAUCAGGCCCGGAACGGCGCUGGCGAUUCCGGAGAGGCCAGCGCCCUCAGAAAGGAGCUGCGUGAGGUCCGGGAUCAGCUGAGAGACUUGACGUUGUCCAAGCAAGCCCAGGACGACCUCCUCCGCCAGCGGGAGAGGGAGCUGCUGGCCCUGAAAGAGGCUUUGGAGGACGAAGUGGGCAGCCACGACCAGGAAAUGGCUGAGCUGAAGCAGCAGUUCCAGCAGAACGUCCAGCAGCUACAGAAGGAUUAUGAAGAGGCCUUCAAGGUAAAGUCCUCCUUGGAAGGUGAGAAGGAGGCGACCGAGCAGAUGAAGAAGGCCGUGGAGUCUACCCUGAGGGAGACGCAGGAGGAGAACGACGACCUUCGGCGGAAAAUCCUUGGCCUGGAGACUCAGAUCAAGGAGUACAGGCACUUUGCAGACAACUGGCAGGGGACCGAGGCCAGGCUGAAGGAGAAGAUUGCCAAACUGGAGUCCGACCGCAAGCAGAUGGAGGAGUCUUUGGGGGACGCCACCGACCAGGAACAGGAGCUGCUUCUGGUCAAGCGGUCUCUGGAGAGCCGCCUGGAAGACGCCCAGAGGAGCCUCAACCGACUCUCCCGGGAGCACCAGGACCUGAGUGCCUCUCUCCACGAGGAGCUGGCGCAGAAGGAGCAGCUCAAGAGGGCCAAGACCGAGCUGGAGGAGGAGAAGCGCCUGCUGGACAAGAGCAUCGGGAAGCUGACGAAGGAGCUAGAUCAGAUGGCUCAAGAGUCCCACAGCGCCCUGUCCAAGCUGCAGACUCAGCUGGAGGAAUACAAGGAGAAGUCGCGCAAGGAGAUCACGGACUCCCAGAAGCAGGCCAAAGAGAGGAACACCGAGGUGGAGAAGAUGCAAUACAACCUGGGGCGGUUGCAGGACGAGGUGAUGCGUCUCAAGCAAGCCCUGCAGGACGCCCAAGCCGAGCGUGAGAACGCCGUCCUGGACAAGGAACUGCUGGCCCAGCGCCUCCACAACUUGGAGCAGGAGAUGGAGUCCAAGCGGAGGUCGCAAGAUGAUCGAUCCCGGCAAGUCAAGGCCCUGGAGGACAAAUCGAAACGCCUCGAAGUGGAGCUGGACGAGGAAAGGAACACGGUGGAACUCUUGACGGAGAGGAUCAACCGCACGAGAGACCAGAUUGACCAGCUGCGGGCGGAACUCCUUCAAGAGCGCUCCGUGAGGCAGGACCUGGAGUGUGAUAAGAUCUCGCUGGAAAGACAGAACAAAGACUUGAAAAGCCGCCUCGCCAGCAGCGAAGUCCUCCAGAAACCCAGCGCCAACGUCUCCCAGCUGGAAUCGCGCAUUCAAGAGCUUCAGGACAAACUCCAGGCUGAAGAGAGGGAGAAGAGCGUCCUGGUCUCCUCGAACCGCAAGCUGGAGCGGAAGGUCAAGGAACUGACCAUCCAGAUUGAUGACGAGAGGCAGCAUGUCAACGACCAGAAGGACCAGCUAAGCCUGAGGGUCAAGGCGUUGAAGAGGCAAGUGGACGAGGCAGAAGAGGAGAUCGAGCGGCUGGAAGCUGCGCGCAAGAAGGCCCUGCGGGAGCUGGAGGAGCAGCAUGAGACCAAUGAGCAGCUCCAGAGCCGCGUCAAAUCCCUGGAGAAGGACCUGUGGCGCAAGGCAGCCCGGUCCACAGCCGAGUCCUCCCUGAAGGACGACCACCUGAGCUCCGAUGAGGAGUUUGACAGCGCCUACGGCCCGUCCUCCAUCGCCUCGCUUCUGACGGAAGGGAACCUCCAGACCAGCUCCUGUUAGCGUCUUCCGGCCGACCCUUUUUGCGGAUCCCGUCGGAACGCCUGAACUUUUAAAACACUUCGAAACCCGUCCGAAGUGCCGUCCUCGCGUUUGCCGGUCCCUGGCGGAGCAGCCGGAAGAUUCUCCUCCCCAAAAUGUUGUGUGCCUGAAGAUGGAAACAGACCUCUUUAUCGAAGUGAAGGAUAUAUUUUUAUGUUAAUUCUUUUUCUUUGCUUGCUAUGGGGCAGCGAGAGGCCGGUCGUAAAACGGAAAUGAUGACAGAACUUUCUCUCUCUCUCUCUUUUUAAAUCCCCCUCGAUCUGGUUCUCAGGGCAACUGGUGAAUGAUUAAGAAAUAGAAUCUUCCAGUUUUUUGCUUUUUCUAAACCAAAAUUUUAAUUUUCUGCAUAUGUAUGUGUACAUAGAUAUAUAUAGAUAUAUAUAUAUAUAGGGCCUGUGUAUGUAUGUCAAUUCUGCAUGUGUUCCAAAUUUGGAUGUGCAAUAAUGUUUUAUGGAGGGAUCUGGGGAGAUAGUGGAAUGUGUCUGGGGGGAGGUGGGGACCUGGAGCCGCCCCCCCUUUGCGGUACAUGUAUAUAUGGGUCUGCAGAAAACAGAUCCUCAGGUGGCCUUAACUACUGAUUCUGAUCGCUGUGCCCUUGACCCUCCUAUUGAGUGUUCAAGACCAGGCGCUUGGGAUGGGAAGAGAUGACUUGUGACUUUUCCGCUGGGCAGCUAUCUCCGCUUAUAGAUUUUUCUCGCCACCGAGACCCUCGAAGCUGAUCCCUGCUUCAUCUUUGGACAUCUGCCCUGCUCCUCUUUCCGGAAUUUCCCGUUCACAUCCUCGGACGACCUCUCCUAAAUGCGUCACCUGAAACUGUCUCGCCCAGGAAGUGAAGAUGAAUCUUUCAGCAACGGGAUUCUGAAACGUCGUUUGGGAUUUGCCUGGGAUGGCCCAGGGAUGGUAACACGAGCAACGGCCUUGAUGCAGAAAUUGGGCAAGCAGCCAUUGAAGCGACGAUGGCGAGGUCCAUAGGACUUACCUCCAUUUUAAGCUUCUUGCUGACUGGAGCAGCGUAAAUUAGAACCAGCUUGUGUUACCACCAUCCCGGGUAACCAGCCGCCAUUUCGCAGAACUGGGGCUUUGUUCCGAACCGUUCCCAAAAUGUCAGUCCUUUCAUUUUGCAGGGAGAGAGGAUCUGGCUGGGGCCAUCAAGCUAUGGUAGCCAACUUGGUGCCCUGCAGACAGCUCUUUGUCACUUCUGACCCUUGGCCAUCCCGGCUGGGGCUGAUGGGAGUUGUAGGCCAAUAAGAUCUGGAGGGAACAGCAGUCCCAGUUUCCAUCGGUGAGGCACCAAUCCUUGGCUUUCUCUUCAAGGCGUUUUGGGUUCUGCGUUGGGAACGAGGCCAAGACUAAGCCUGAGGAACCCCUUCCAGGGAUGGUGAACCUCUGAAGGAUGUUGGUGGACUCCAGUUCCCAUCGGCCAGGACCGACCCUGCUGGAUGGUGGCUGUGUCAGACGACCUUCUUGGCUGCUGAUGAGCGCAUGAAAUCUGCCGUCUCCAGCAUGGAAAUUUUAAAGAGAGGGAAAUCUCCAUGGUCUUCUCCAUGGUGGGGAGCCAGAUGUUCCUGGACAUCCCAUCAGCCCCAAAUGACGGAAGUCGGGAGUCCAGCGAGAUCUGGAGAAGCCAUGGGUUCCCCGUUCCCUAUUUGUAUAUAAACUAUGUCCCAUCGUGGCUGUGGGGUUUUCCACUCCUGAUUCCUAAAGCAACAGCAAAGCCAGACUCUGGUCUCGCAACCCUGUUGGGACGGCCAGUUCUGAAGAUACUCUUCUCGGAUCCAUGCUGACAGUUUCCUCUGUCAGGGGGACGGAAGAACAGCAAUAGCUCUUUUUUCUGAUUGCCGUUUGGAGCCCUCGCUUGGCUAAGACGCUACCUAACAGCCGAGGGUACGAUAUUUCCCCCGCUGCAACCACUGGCUCUGUCGGAGGCACCGCACGCAAUCCUUCGCGUGCGACUGUCGGCGUGUUUGCAAAAUGCACACCCCUCUGCCACUUUUCUUCCCGGGCCGAUUGCUGUGCCGUGUCUUCAGUUGGGGCGUGGCGAAGGAGGAACGUGAGCACUGAACUCUGUGGAAGAACGCCUCCAUGACAAUUUCAGGUUUUGUGGACUUCUCCUUGGGAAGCCUCUGUUUCGCACAAGACUGGGCAUCGGAGGAUGCAACUGUGUCGCUCAGCAGAAAACAGCUGCGUUAUCAAACCUUAGUAAGGGCUGCUUUUUCCACCCUGUCCCCUUAACACAGUGCGUGGGGAACCUCUGACCCACAGGCCAGAUGUGGAUGUGGCCUGGCGUGGAUCUCCGUUUAGCCCCCGAGGCUGUUUCCGCCCCAAACCGCAGCCACCUGUGACAUCAGGUGUGGGGCAUGUCGAUGUGGCGAGGUCGCAGAAGAGUUCCUUGUAGGGGGAACUUGAUUGCACAGCCAAUCUAUGGGGUGGGGAGGCUGAAUCGCCACACUUCACAGCUGCGUUCCCCGUGAGGCAAACGGGACUGCGCAGCCGCUUCCUGCAGAAAGCGCUUUUGCCAGACCUCGAGAAAGGCCAAGUUCAGAUAUCACAAAGGGCUUUGCGCUCCCCAAACUCAGCCAGGCGCCUGGCAAGCACUGCACAAGGAGCUCUGAUGGGUCGGGUGUGACUGCUCACCUGUCAAAGCCCGACAUCAGGGGAAUUGACAGGAGCAUUGCCCCACCCAUAUGUCAGAGCUGGUCUGCUGGGCCAAAAGGAUUCCCUACGCCCUCUUUAACAGUACCCAGGUGCCCCAAUUUAACCUCUCCAGCCUUGCACCAAGUGCCUUAUCAUGGAUGUGUCCCAGGAGAAGGGCUCACUCUUAAUGUACUUGUUUCACGCGGGAACCGACUUGGGUGUGCCAUGCUUGGAAUGGCACCAUCAAAGGCAUGAUGUGCACCUCUGCCUUUUAUACUUCUGCAUACACAUGUGCCGGCAUCGAGGUCUUGCUAGGUCCCAUCUUUGCUUGCCUUGUGGCUCCCCCUCUCAAAAGCGGGCGCUGUGCCGUCAUCGUCACAAUGGCGCUAAAAAACAGGGAUUUCAGCACGACUUUAAAGUGCUGGUUCCUGGCUGGCUACUCUGUUUUGCACUGAAACGAGCCCUGCUUAAAGGGCUGUGCAUUUUGCAGGGAGGGGAAAUUACACCUUCAGCAGGGAAAAAAAAAGUGAGGCAAGAUGGUUUCCACCACCCCUGGCUGGCACCACCUUGUCCACAACUAUUUUGGCAGUCUCUGGAGGCUCAUCCCUUCUGCCAGCACAAGUCUUCCAAAUACACCGUGGGUCAGAGGAGAGAUCUUAGCUUCUUUGCUUCAGUGGUUGCAGAAACGUCCAAGAGGUUUUACUGGGUGUGUUGCCGAAAACACACAAGGCAUCUAGUCCUCAAGAAACUCGUCUGCAUUGCAGCCAGCAUCAAAAGCAGAGCGACCAUCUUAUUUGUGGAAGAUCGCUCCCCUUUCCCCCUCUACUGCUCGACCAAUAUCUCGGCUGCUGGCUUCCCUGUAUUUUUUCCUGCUCAUUCCUCCCUCCACCUGCCCCCAAAUGCAGCAAGACAUCAGCUUUGCCAGAACAUUGACAGGUUGCACAAGCUCGGAGACAGAGGCCGCUGAGUCGGUUGUGCCCAUGUUUUCCACUUCGUGUUUGACUUAUGACACGUUUUCAAGCCGCAGAUUCCACUCCCAGUUGGUGGGUCUUUUGUUUUGGAAGUUUUCUCAUGCAAAUGUCUUUGAACCAAUUAUUUCUGCAAAUCUUUCUCUCGGAAGAGCUUGUGUUUAUAUUUCGUCGACACCGUCCAUGUCUUUGAGCUAUAGUCAUGGCAAAUGGGGGUGGGGAUAACGUCUUGUUUGUUCUCCACAACCCUCAACAUGGCUUCGGACUGCGGAAGUCGCUGGGCGUCAGGAAUUUGGUGGAAUGAGUUGAUCUGCAGUGUCCACCGGCAGCUGGAUCAAUCCACAGCCUUGAAAUCAACCUCCUGUGUUGUCAAAUUUAGCCAUUACAUUGCAGAUCAGGUGUGGAGACAGUUUGACCAUCCAAAAGUUGCUGGAGUACAAUUCACAUCAUCCCAGGCCAUCCUCACUAAGACUAACGGGAGUUCGGGAACAUCUGGCGGGCCAAAGUUGUGGCAGAUCUUUGAAAUGCCAUUUGGCCGAGAUGGGGAAAAAACUCCUGCCUUGUUUUCAUCCCUUUUAUCCAACUUCUGGGCUCAGAUGAGUUUCCCGCUUUGCCUCUCCCUCUCUUGAAGGUUGCAUGAAGUGAUUCAGACCGGUAAUCGUCUUGUGAAGGGGUCCGCAGGCCGCUGACCACCCCGCUCAGAUUUACGGAGAGCAAAAAAGGAGCAGGGGUUUCUGAGGCCGUUGCAUCUUCUGGUCUCAAGCCGCAAUAACAAAAUAAACCGCCCGGUUCUACCUUCUGGGUACAUGAAAACCCAAUCCGGAUUCAAGCGUUUGGUAGCAGGCGCCGCUGUGUCCGUCAGGGCAAGACGGACGGCAUUUUGUUGGAACCUGGUUCUCAAAACUGGAUGUCUUGAAAACGCGACCUUGUUUUGUGUGCCCCCCACCCAGCCUGCCCCGUUCCGUUUCCCUGGGGGGCAAAACCUGAGAGUGAGGUUUUUAUACCUAGGUCUUUGGAGCUGUGAUUCUCUCUCUGUCUCUCUCUCUCUCUCGUUCUUUUUUAAACAGUAAUGCAAUAAUUUAGAAGCGUCUAUAUUUGGGGGAGGGAGGAAAACCUGAUCUUAGAGGAUUGUUUCGUAACGAGGGUUCCCUCGUCCCCAGCACAGUGGGUUUGUACAGUUUUAAAUGGCUGCUAUAAUAUACGAUCUGGGUUGGUUUUUAUUAUUUGUAAUUUUUGAUUUCCCUCCAGAUUUAUUUUCCUUUAAUAAAGAACAAAAAAAAAACCCA